AUGGAGAAUUAUUCGCUCUUGGAUCAAGCGGAAGAAGAUGGACUUCACAAAUCCCGCCUUUUAAAUGUUGAAGAGAAGCCAUUCAAGCGAAUCACUAAGCGCCUCCUUGCUCCAAAUUCCCUGGUAUCAUCACCCAGUUCAUUCCUUGCUACACCGCCUCCCGAUGCGAUCCCGGAACGUGAGGCCGAGAAGCAGAAGAUGCUAGAGGAAUGGAGACAGCUCCGCGAAGACAUUACGCUAGACUUUACCGCUUUCGAAAGCAGCCUGGUACGGAUCCAGCUUCUGCUAGCGAGCAAUGAGAAAGAGCGUGAACGAUAUGCGGCCGAGAAGCUAGAGAUCAUGGCGACGGCGCAGGAAGUUCGAGACAACACUACGGAGCUAAGGUCGCAGCUGGAGGAGGCGCAGAAUACGCUUGCUUUACGAAAAACGUACGACGAGCUAGCGGACAAGAUUACUUCUAACCGACUACUUCGGCCACGCGACGAUCAGCAGGCGAAUCUGGAAAAGCUGCAUGCAGAGAUCGCAAAGCUAGAGAAGGAGAGCUCAGAAUAUGCACAGACAUGGGCAGAGCGAAGAGAACAGUUUGGCCGCAUUGUUGAUGAGGGAAUGAACCUGAGGCGGCUGAUCAGGGAUGAAAAGGAGGAGGUUGAGAGACGAGAAGGAAUGGAAGAAGAUGAUGAUGGCGACGAAGGGGAUGCCAGUUCCAAGGGGAAGAGAAGCGCAGUCAGCACGCCCCGGCCUGACGCAGAUAGCAACAUGACUCCCUCACAACAAGCUAGCGGGGAAGAGACAAACCCGGCGAUCACGAAGCUCCAGGCCGAGAAGUCUCGACCUGCAACUCGCGGUGGUACUCCGCUUAGACAGGCUAUUACUGCGUCUGCGUCCCCCACCCCAGAGGGGAAACAGGCAUCUCCGGAUGACGGGGAUGAGGAUAUGGUUGAUGAGGGAGAGGUUUCUGGCGAUGAAGGGGAGUCUCGGGACCGAGCAGCGUCGCAGACCAUGGAAGAUGACUUUGAAGAAGGAGAAGAGAUACCGGACAGCCGCCCGACAGAAAAGAUGGACACGACGUAA